GGACACUAAUUCAAGAAAAAACAAAAAGCAAAGGACACCAUCGCAGAAACAGCAAAUGCAAAUGCCAAAAAAACAAGAAUGGGUUCACACCCUCGUUCUCCUUCCUAUCUCUUCUUCUCCGUCGUUGCUCUUUCUUUCCUCUCCCUUAUCGCUCUUCUCAUCUACAAGGUAGAUAAUUUCGCUUCACAAACGAAAACAGUUGCAGGACACAAUUUAGAGCCAACGCCAUGGCACUUUUUCCCGCCAAAAAACUUCACCGAAGAAACCCGACAAGCCCGGUCUUACAAGAUCAUCCAAUGCUCCUAUCUCACUUGUCGCUACGCCGGCACCAACAACGAUGUUCUAGCAUUGGAGGAGCAGCAGCAGGAGGAACAACGGCGGCAUUUCGUAUCCUCUCAAACACCUGAGAAAUGCCCAAACUUUUUCAAGUUCAUUUACCGUGAUCUUGAGCCGUGGGCUAAAACCCGAAUAUCGAACUACCAUAUAACGCAAGCCAAGCAACACGCAGCGUUUCGGGUUGUUAUUGUUGAGGGAAGAUUGUAUGUUGAUUUAUAUUAUGCUUGUGUACAGAGUAGAUUGAUGUUUACGUUAUGGGGAUUGUUACAGCUUCUGAAAAGGUAUCCCGGGAUGGUUCCUGAUGUGGAUAUGAUGUUUGAUUGCAUGGAUAAGCCUACCAUUGAUAGAAUCGAACAUGGGUCUUUUCCGGUACCGCUCUUCCGGUAUUGUACAACCGAGGCUUACUUUGACAUCCCUUUUCCUGACUGGUCUUUUUGGGGUUGGCCAGAAACAAAUAUACAGCCCUGGGAUGAGCAGUUCAAAGAUAUUAAGGAGGGUUCACAAGCUAAAAGUUGGGCAGAGAAGUUUCCCCGUGCCUUUUGGAAAGGAAAUCCAGAUGUCGAAGCUCCAAUUCGUCAGGAGCUAAUGCAGUGCAAUCACUCUAGGUUGUGGGGCGCACAAAUUAUUCGUCAGAACUGGGAAGAAGAAGCAAAGGGUGGGUUUGAGCAGUCCAAACUAUCCAAUCAGUGUAAUCAUCGUUUUAAAAUCUAUGCUGAAGGCUAUGCUUGGUCUGUAAGCUUGAAAUAUAUCCUAUCUUGUGGUUCCCUUGCUUUAUUAAUUUCCCCGCAAUAUGAAGAUUUCUUCACUCGUGGUCUCAUUCCUAAGUUCAAUUACUGGCCUGUCUCUCCUAUUGGUUUAUGUCACUCCAUAAAGUUUGCUGUUGACUGGGGUAAUACAAACCCGUCUGAGGCCGAGGCAAUUGGGAAAAGAGGGCAAGAACUCAUGGGAAGUCUAAGCAUGGAUAGGGUCUAUGAUUACACGUUUCACCUCAUUUCAGAAUAUUCGAAGCUGCAAGACUUCAAGCCUGUCCAGCCAUCAUCAGCUCAAGAAGUAUGUGAGGAAUCCCUACUUUGCUUGGCAGAACCGAAGCAGAGGGAAUUCCUUAAAAGAGCAGCUGCUGUCAGAUCAUCUACACCGCCGUGCAGCCUCAUCAAGCGUCCCAAUAGUAACUUUUUUGAUAUCUGGACUGAACAGAAGAAGAAAAUAAUAGAACAUGUGAAGGACAUGGAGAUGAGAAAUGCAUUCACUUCGAUGAUUAACUACUAUCAAAUGUAUAAACUCCCCAGGCCACUUGUAAAAGAAGGAACUUUUCUUCCAGGUACAUAUUUUUUCGUCGUUUUCUCUAUCAACAUUGCUUCCACCAUCUCAUCAGCUGACACUAUAACAUGCAUCUAUAUAUCUGUCAACAUUCGUUUGAGGAAACAUAUUCAUAAAUGA